AAAAAAAAAAACAAAACAUCAAAAUACAUUAAAAACAAGAAAGAAAGCUUGCAUCGCCGAACCGCAGUUAAUAUACCCUUGCGGAUCGUUCAUGUGAUCACAUUUGCUUAAAAAUGGACCUUUUGAUUUGUGGAGACUGCUCUGACUACUUUCCGAACAAUUGCAUUAUUGAAAAUGAUACGGGACACUUUGUUCAGAAGGAAUAUCUUUUGGGACACUUUCCUAUGAAAGAACAUCUUUCAAGAUCGAAAAGUUUGUUAACAAUGGAUACCCCUAAGGCAACAGACGACUGGGGCGUGUGCAUUCCAAGCAAUAUGAAAAUAGAUGCCGAAGAUGAAACUUUCCGAUAUAUAUGUGUUUGGUCACCAAAAAUUGGUUGUCAAAUUAUAUAUCCUAAGACCAAUCCGGAUGCAGGCUGCAGCUUGUGCCGGUCGAGGGAAUUUACUGCAGAAAAAACCUGUAUGUGUACCAAACGAAAAAAAGGGGACACAAAAAAGGAGAAAUCGGGAUCAAGGCAACUCUACUCAGGUUCUCUGCAUUUCGUCUUUGGGGCGUACAUAUGUUGGGCAGCAGGAAACUUACUUAUGGGAAUAAGAUCCUGCCAAAUUAACAAGCAUAUCCAAUAAUUAAGCUGUUGGAUUCCAAUCCUUGGACUCUAGACAAUUUAAAUUUAUUGAGUGUAAAUUUUUGUUGGUUUAAAAAUUUAAUAAAUAUAUUCAUUUUUAUAUUUCUAACUAA